AAGUAUAUUAGUUCUUGUGAAAUGCAAAUGUUUUGAAAAUUUUACUUAAUUUACUUAAAAUGAGUGCCACAGAAGCACUGGAAAAUGUUGCCAAUGAGGAGGCAGCUAUAAACAGACCUACAGCCGAAAGUGGCGCUAAACGAAAAUCCUCUGAAGAUAUCACACACAAUGGCAACGCAAAUUGUGGCGCAGAAGACGGCCGAAGAAAGCGCGUAAAAUCGGAGGAGCCUGUGGCGUCCAUCAAAGAUGAAACAAAUCCUGAAGUUCCUAUUAAAAUAAAAGCUGAGCCAGUAGAGGAUGCAGAGCAUAAAGAUGAUCUCACUGCUGAGCACUGCACUGCGAUCAAGAUUAAAACCGAACCACCGGACAAUGGAAAACCAAAUGCAGGUGCGGUGGUAAAAACUGAACCCAUUAAUAGCAAUGCACAGAACGCCGUCGACGAGUCCACCGUCUCCUCAAGCAGUAUUAGGACUUCUUGUCGCUUCGGCAUACGAUGCUACAGGCGAAAUCCGGUUCAUCGUAGUGCAGAAGCUCAUCCGGGGGAUCAGGACUACCGGCGACCAAACUUUCCAGCGCCACCCCUCGGAACUCCAGCUUGUCCUUUCGGUAACGCAUGCUAUCGCCGUAACCCAGUUCACUUCCAGGAUUACUCCCAUCCUGCGGAUUUCAAUUCCGCGCAGAACAUUCGAAAUCGUCUGCGUCAACGCCGAGCCCAACGGCAGAACGACGAUGACUCCGGGACGGAUGAGGAGGAUGAACCCUUUGGAGGCGACAAUGACAAGGAUGCGGACUACCGUCCAGGCGCAGAUAUAGACGAAGAUGAGGAUGAUGAGCUGGAUGAUAGCCAACCCAUAAGUGGGGAUGACUAUGAUUAGACUAAACAUUCAAAUUCGCUGUUAACUUAGAUUUUACGUUUCAUUUGCCAAAUAAUAGGCUUUAUAUAUUCUGUUAAUGAAAA